GAGCCUACCAAUCACUUGGAUAUAGAAUCUAUUAUAUGGUUGGAAAAUUAUUUAGUAGAUUAUUUCGGUACUGUCAUUGUUAUUUCGCAUGAUAUUCAGUUUUUGGAAAAUGUGUGCAACCGAAUCGCUGAAGUAGAAAUGGGAGGCAUUAUUGACUAUAAACUGAAGUAUAGUAAAUUUCUAGAAGAAAAAGAAAAACAGAAAACCAUACAAAUCGCUGCCUACGAAAACCAACAAAGAGACAUUGCACAAAAAGAGAAGACCAUCAGUAGGUUUAUGGCAAGUGCUACCAAAACCAAGAUGGCUCAGAGUAUGCAAAAGCUACUCGAAAAAGUGGAGAGAAUAGAGAUACCAGUGGAGUCUAGCAAAGCAAUGACGAUCCGAUUUGCAGAAGUGCCAAGAUCAGGAAGAGAUGUGAUAAGGGCUGUGGAUGUAUCAAAGUCAUUUGACGAUAAAACAGUUUUUAGCAACAUAGAUAUCACUAUAGAAAGAGGAGAUAGGGUAGCAUUUGUUGGUCAAAACGGUCAAGGUAAAACGACCAUGGCAAAAAUUAUUGCUAAAAUACUUCCACCUACUUCUGGCAAAAUAGAAGAAGGGUCCAAUAUGCAUCUUUCUUAUUACGCUCAGAAUCAGUCAGAACUGAUAGACUUGAAAAGUACCGUGAUGCAAGUCAUGGAAGACAAAGCACCUGAAGAAAUGCGGUCUAGAAUCAGGAAUGUAUUAGGUGAUGAUGCUGAAAAAAAGGUAUCUGUGCUUUCAGGAGGAGAAAGGGCAAGAUUGGCUAUGGCGUCAUUAAUCAUGAAACCAUGUAACUUUCUUAUUUUGGAUGAGCCUACCAACCACUUGGAUAUCUACUCAAAAGAAAUACUAAAAUCGGCGCUCAAGGAUUAUCAAGGCACACUAUUGGUCAUAUCGCAUGAUAGAGAGUUUUUGGCUGGAUUGACAUCCAAAGUUGUAGAGUUCAAAGAUGGAAAAACUAGAGAAUUUUUAGGCGACAUUGAGUACUUCUUGGGCAAAAAGAAACUGGACAAUAUGCGUGAUGUAGAAAUGCAAAAAACGGAUGGUGUAAAAAGUGUUGAUGUUUCUAAUCCUACCAAGAAGAUAGACUCUGAAGAUGCUAAAAAAAUCAAAAAACAGAUACAAAAUAUUGAAAGGAGUAUAGAAAAGCUUGAA